CCCUCGAUCGAGAGACAAAAGCCUCCUCUCUCACCAGACACCUAAAGAGAGAAGACAAUCCUCUCCCACCAUCAAUCAACCUUUCAGCUGCCCGGCAUCUGGCCUCCAGGCAGCUUCCAUCUUUCCGGUAGUUCUUCCAUCGCACGCCCUUGCUAUCCGAGGAUAGCCAACGCCGCCGGACCGGACCACCACCGCCUUGAGUCUCUCAGCUACCGACGUUUCCGUCAACAUGACCGAGUCCAUCCAGUACGAGCGUGAUCUCCGCUCCGCCAGCAAGGAGUGGCGCCGCACCAAAGAGUCGUCUGUCAAGUGGUCCCAGGGCAGCCGCCCCCUCGCCGGCGUUAGGCGGGGGGAACCGGAGGACGCUAGGAUGGCACCGGAGCACAUGUAUGCCAAGCGCAGGCCAGAGAAGAUGGUCACACCCACCAAAGAGAUGAAACUCGCCAUGGGUCUGUACUCGCGGAAUCGCCGCGUCCCGAUGUACGAACGAUCCGACAUACAGGACGCCGUAGUUGACUCCUCCCCCGACCUCCUGUCCCCGGGAGUCCCGCCCCCGGACGCGGGCGUGCUCUACAGCUUCGACCGCGCCGACACCCCCGGGCGGCCACUCACGCUCGACGUGUUCGUCAAGAACACGGGCGGCAAGGAGACGGAGAAGCUGGUCGAGAGGGAGUACGAGGUCCUCGACGGAAAUGGCGAGGCCGUCAAGGGCCGCAAGGCAAGGGCAGUCCUGAGGAAGAGCCGGAGUAGCGGGACGGCCGCUGGGGCCGGUGAGGGAAGGAAAGACGGGGAGCAAGAAGGGGUGGAGGUCGAAGACGGAUUCGAGCUCAUCUAAGCUUCUUCUCGUCCGUUUUCCUUGUGUCUCCCUGGAGACAACCGUCACCCUUUCUUUCUUUCUUUCUUUCCUCCUUUCUUUCCCUUCGCUGUUAACCGAC